AUGAGCUCUAAGAAUCCGGGAGUAUUUCGUGGAUUAGUUGAUUUUGCUUGUGAACUGGAUUCUAGCUUAGAUGCUCAUUUAAAGACCGCUACAGUUUUUAAAGGAACAUCUAAAUCAAUACAGAAUGAACUUUUAGAAUCUAUGUUGGAAAUUUGCAAAAAUAAGAUCAAGGAAGAAGUAAAGAAUGCAGAUUAUUUGGCAGUUAUGUGUGAUGAGACAACGGAUAUUUACGAUAAAACACAGAUGGUAAUUGUUCUAAGGUAUGAGCUACAAGGGAAGCCUGUUGAGAGAUUCUGGGGAUUUUUUAACCCUAUCAACCAGACAGCAGAAGCCUUAUCAAGUGUGUUACAUAAAGAGCUCCAGACUUUAAUUGGUGAUUGUCCACACAAGCUCAUUGCCCAAACUUAUGAUGGUGCAGCUGCUCUAAGUGGAGUCAAUAAAGGUGUGCAAACCAGAAUAAAAGAAGUGUAUAUCAAUGCCCACUUUAUCCACUGUUAUGCGCACCAACUGAACUUGAUUUUGGGAAAGGCAACAUCACAGAAUACCAAUGUUCGUGUAUUUUUCAAUAGCUUGUCAGGAAUACCAGUAUUUUUUUCUAAGUCUCCACAAAGAAUGGCUGCAUUGGAGAAUGUUGCUGGUCAUCGAAUUCCAAGGCCAUCUGCAACACGUUGGAAUUUCAAGAGCAGAACAGUCAAUGCUGUGCAUGAAAUGAAAGAUGCACUGAUUGAAUGUUGCAGCACACUGGAAGCAUCUAACUCAAGAGAAACUGGAUCUGCAGCAGCUGGUAUCAAAAGAAUUGUGAAUGAUCCUGAAUUCGAAUUUUGGUUGGAAUUUUUCUCCAAAGUAAUGCCUCAUGUUGACAUCAUGUUCUCUCAGCUUCAGUCUAGAAAUAUUGAUGCAGCUAAGGCUAACGCCUCUUUAAAAGUUUUUAAUUCCGCAGUUCAGAAGUUAAGAGACGAAUGUGAUGCGAUGAUGUUGCUGUUGCCUCCUGAGCAGAAAAGAAGAAAAUUUAAAACAGACAAAUUAGCUGCUGCAAAGGAGUGUAUGCCAAAAAUUUCCCUAGUAAUGAACUUGAACAAGCAGUUGCAGCAUAUCCCAUGCUUGAAAAAGACAAAUUGA